AAAAUAGAAAAUCCGACACGAAGCCACAUCAAAUCCCCGGAGAGGGGACCGGGGCUGUGCGAAAAGUGCAGCUCUUGCAUAAUUGAUGAGAAAAGCUGUAAUCUAUCCAUCCGUGUGUCCGUGCGUAUGGCUUUGUGUACAGCCAUUGAUAAUGCCGUGAAUCCCCAAACUGGAGAUUUCUUUAUUUUUUUUAUUUUUUGCAGCGCAGGAGCCGCCGGGGCUUCCCAUCCAGAAGCAGCAGCAGCAGCUUCUCUCCUCUUCUGGGGGAAAUGUUUGGAUGAGGAGCGCUGAUCCGGUGCCUUUAACUGUAAAAAGAACUGUGGCUUUUCUUUCUUUUCUCUUUUUUCACCCAAGUUGGGCUGUGGAGACCGAGAUCCCCGUUAACUGCGGAUGUCCCUGACCAAUUCCAGCGUCUUUCUGCUAAACGAGGGUUCAGCCGAUUCCUACACUAGUCGACCCUCUGAUUCCGACCUGUCCCUGGAGGAGGACCAGGAGGCGUCUCGGCGUGAAGCCGAGCGCCAGGCUCAGCUGCAGCUGGAGAGAGCCAAGUCUAAACCCGUAGCAUUUGCAGUAAAAACCAACGUGAGUUACUGCGGCGCCCUUGAUGAAGAUUGUCCAGUCCAAGGUGCUGCUAUCAACUUUGAAACCAAAGACUUUCUGCACAUAAAAGAGAAAUACAGCAAUGACUGGUGGAUCGGUCGGCUGGUGAAGGAAGGCGCAGACAUCACUUUCAUCCCCAGCCCGGUAAAACUGGAGGCCAUGAGGAUAAAACAAGAGCAGAAAGCAGCAGCAAGGAAAGGAGGGAACGCUCCAUCCAGAGGCUGGAGUUCCACCCCUCCAUCUGCAGCCAAACAGAAGCAGAAACAGACUGAACAUGUGCCUCCAUAUGAUGUGGUUCCUUCGAUGCGACCGGUGGUGCUGGUGGGUCCUUCGCUGAAAGGCUACGAGGUAACAGACAUGAUGCAGAAGGCCUUGUUUGACUUCCUAAAGCACCGAUUUGAUGGCAGGAUCUCUAUUACACGGGUGACUGCUGAUCUGUCGCUGGCGAAGCGCUCGGUACUGAACAAGAAGGCCAUAAUGGAGAGAUCCAACACUCGCUCCAGUCUGGCUGAGGUCCAGAGUGAGAUCGAGAGGAUCUUUGAGCUGGCCAAGUCUCUUCAGCUGGUCGUCCUGGAUGCAGACACCAUCAACCAUCCGGCGCAGCUCCUCAAAACCUCCCUGGCUCCCAUCAUCGUCUACGUCAAAGUCUCCUCACCCAAAGUUCUUCAGAGGCUCAUUAAAUCUCGAGGCAAGUCGCAAAGCAAACACCUCAACGUCCAGAUGAUGGCAGGAGACAAGCUGGCUCAGUGUCCACCUGAGAUGUUUGAUGUCAUCCUGGAUGAGAAUCAGCUGGAAGACGCGUGCGACCAUCUGGCCGAGUAUCUGGAUAUCUACUGGCGUGCUACUCAUCUCCCCUGUUCUGCCCCAGUCAACCCCUUACUGGACCAAAGUGUGAUCACCCCACCUUCAGCUAACUCCAGCCAACAGUUUUCUGAGACUCAGGAGUUGAUAGAAUGAGCACUGCAGCAGACACAGGAGCCGCCUGUGCUGUCGGCUGGCGUCAAACCAGGAAGUCAUGGAGCAGAGGGACCAGGGCGCCACCAGGGGGCAGCAGCAGCCCUCAUCUCUCCAGAGCCAGCCGCCACCUUCUCCCACCUGGGGGCAACAGAAAUGGGCGUGGGGGGAGAAAGAGCGGGAGGCUGGUGAGCUGGAGGAAGAGCAGAAACCAAAAUGGGGAGAAGAGCCGGAGGAAGGAGAUCUGACCGGCGCUGCAAAAGACAGAGGAGCCUCCGCCUCACUGCUGCCCCCUCGGCCAGAGCUCCCUGCUCCCACCGUCACGCGACAACUCAGGGCCGCUUUGUACAGCUGCACACACUCUGGUACCACAGACCAGAACAGCGGUGCAGUCACCCAUCACCACCUGCCCCUCACUUUACCUUCCACCCCGACCUUAAAGUCCUUCCCUGCUGUCACACUGGAAGCCACGUCCCCACCUGAGCCAGCCCCUGAGUGUUCCAAGUAGCCGUCCAACACACACAUGGGCUGACUCAGCUCUCACUGUAGAGAAGUACGUCAGCAUACAGUGCUGUAGCAAAUCAGAGCCGUCAGUAUAACAUGAAACACAAACAGGAACAUCUUCCCGAUGCAGGGUUUCUGUCUGAUACACCUCACUUCCCUCUCCAGGCCAAAGAGGACGGAGAGCGACAGAAAAUCGAUUCUGUAUGUCUUCCAUCUCCGCAGCUCCCCGCUGAGCUGCCAUUCCAAAUGUUUAGCCAAAUGUUUUCUCAAAGGCGCAACAAUCAGAGUCGUCUCAGUGUCACCAAGGAGCAUAAAAGCGUUCCUCUUCCUUUAUCGUUUGCUUUCACCCCCGGCUCAUCCAGUAGCCUUUUUAUUCCUCCAUUUUUACAACAACUAUCUAUACUACUAACUAUAAUUCAUAUCUCGGUUCUCAGUGUAGCUGAUCGCAUAUCAACAGUAAAGCAAAACCCCAUGUAUACCAAGAACACACAGUCUAUAUGCAUCUUCAUCACAGCUGUGAAUGUAUAAAUGCUGCUCCACUGGCUUAGCGGGGAUUAUUUACAAUAUUUGGUUUGUUUGCAGAUGCUUGGAGGCAAAUCCUGCAACCUGUUCAAUAUCAAUUACAGUUUUAGGAGACAAGAGGCCUCUUCCAACAAAUAAUGCACAGAUUCCAGACAAAUAAAGCUUUAAAAGUAAUAGAAGUUAUCACAUAUCAGUUACUGCACUGUAAUGUCAUUUUCUUAUCCCCACAAAAUUCAUGAAAUUCUCCUUUCUGACAAACUUUAAUCCACCCAAAAGCAUAAUUUGUGGGAUAAGCAGAAGGUUAUUUAUUUACCACAAGUGUGGGCUUUUCCACCCUGAAACAUGGCUAUUAAAUAUUCCGUCCUGAUGUCAGAUUUUAACCAGGUUUCGUACAUUAUUUUUAAAAAACAAUAGUUGCAAUUACCUGCAUUAGCAUAUUUCCCAGUGUUUGAAGGAGAGCAACAUAAGAAAUUAGUGACAGAUUAAACAAACAAAAGAUGACUCUAUAAGAAAACUCAUCAUUAAAUAGAUUUAUUUCACAAUAUCUGUUGAGUAAUAAUUGAAAAUAAAAACAUCACCCAAAGCUACUCAGUCAGUAACAUGUUUGAUUUUCAGCGUAUCAUUUACAUUUCACUCCUCCCUAAACUAGCUGGUGUGACUGUAGACUCCCAGUGGAGCAUCAGAAUUAAAGUGAAAACGAGGCUGUGAAUGCACCUUUGAGAAAAUCUGAUCUUCUCUGAAGGUCUCUGAGCACAUCAACAGGUUGCAACGGGUUCCUAAUGCAAGUAGCAGAAUAUUUUAUUAUUUUUUUCUACAAAAACAGCUGAAAUCAUCAUGAAGCUUAUGAGCGCAGCCCCUGGUGAUGUAUUUUUGUCAGUAGAGGUCUUAUAUUCACUGCUUAGUCUCUUCAAAAACUGCUGGAUAUACAAUAUAUAUGCAUUCAUUUCCACAUAAAUUAGGAAGAUGUACAAUUUUCAAAGUUUCCAUGGCCACCGACUGUCUCAGUUUUACAUCUUACGGAACCCAUAAAAAUAAACGCAUCUCAAAAAGCACUAAUAUUCUCACAGUAACGCCGCUGCUCGCAUCAUAUUAAACUACAGAAUCCAGCUAACGCACCACACAUGUAAAUAACCAAAUGUACGUGCAUGACAUGUUGUAUUCCUGUCCAUCAGAAGGGCUUCUUAGGACCAUCUUCACACAAACUAAAUCAGUACGACCCACAUAACCAGUCACAUAUGCAUUAUCAAGGCUUAAGUGUAAAUACUGUAUAUUCAAUAUGCAGAUGUUAUUAUUAUUAUUGUAAUUAUUAUUAUCAAAAUCGCACAAACGCUGACAGAACGUAGAAGGGUUUUAGUCACAGCACACGGUUCUAUACUCAGCUCCUCAGAAAGCAUGUGUUUAAAUGUAACGUCCGCUCUGUUUUCAAUGAUGCACUGCUUCCUUAGGACCACCGUGAAAAUCGCUUCCACCGACACCCACAUUCAUUUCUGAAGGACCAGGUUUGAGAUACAGAACUUCUACUUGAUGAAACACAGAGAGCACAGUAUCCUCUUUAGAGAAAAACCUCCAACAUAUAUAUUUAUCAGUUUCUCCUAUUUGCUUCGUUUUUAUUGCAGGAAAUUUCUACAAAAAAAAAAAAAAGUGAAUUAUUCUUUGGAUGUCCAAAGCACAAUUUUCUACAAUUAUCAUUUCCUAUUGCGUUCCACUCGCCUAAAUUCUAUAUGCAAUACAAAGUUUAGCAUUAACGAGACACUAGCUGAGACUAUCAAGAUAUCUCCUCAGUGUACGAUGGGGUAUAAUUGCACUACUAUCAUUUCUAUGUAUGCUUUUCGAUGCAAUAACUGCACUAAACGUUAUGCUGUACCCACCUCCGGUUCUGGCCCAAAGGUGACGUCAACAUUUCUCGUGGUUUCUGACAAGUCGACAAGAUAAAUGAUAUCCAACGGUGUCUGAUGAUGAUGUGUACAGGGUGCAUCUUUUGUCAAUAGCACAUGUGACGGAGGGGGUGAAUAAAAACCAUUGAAGUAA